UUACUGUACGCUUGUCCGGCUCCAAGUGGUUUCUCCUUGCUGCUUGUCCUGUAUAGGUCCUGGCAAGUGGAAAGAGUAAAAAGUGGAUUGCUUAUGUUUUUUAAACAUUAAGAAAGGUUUAAAUCGUACAUUUUGGUGGUCCUGAUGGGUGGCAGCGCCAGUACUCGUCGUGUCACUUUUGAAGCUGAUGAAAAUGAUAACAUCACAGUGGUGAAGGGCAUUAGGUUGUCUGAAAAUGUAAUUGGUCGUAUGCGGGAUCCUACAUCACCUGCAGCAAAACCUCAGUCGGUGCUACCAAAGCAGCCAGCAAGCCCUGAUUCCAGUUCUCCUGCUAUGUCUGCAGUUAAUGAAGAAGAACUGAAAAGAAAAAUCACUGAAGAGCUGGAACUUGAGAGAGCCAGGAGAAACUUAGAACUGCAUCAAAGGCUGCAAAGUGACAAGAAGUAUAUCCAAGAAGAGAUUGGUAAAGCAUUAGAGCGGGAGAAGGCAGCAUCAAAUGAUCAGUUUGCUAAAGCUCUACUAAGGGAAAGAACAUCUGGUGAAGAAGACCGUCUGAAGGCAAAGAGCUUUGCUCGUCUGCUAGAAGAGAAGGAAAAAGAGCUGAAGAGGAAGGAUGCCUACUGCAAGGAGCAGCUUAAUAGACUGGAAGAGAGGAGUGCCGAGCUUUACAAACUGAACACUGAGCAGUACCAGAAGGCAGUAACUGAAGUGGAGGCCAAGUUCAGUAGGUACAAGGUACAUCCAGUCUGCACUAAUCUGCAGGAUCGCAUACUACAGUGCUACCAAGAGAACCCCAAGCAGGUCCUUAAUUGCUCUGCCCUCGCCAAAGAAUACAUACAGUGUGUCAACAGUGCAAAGCAGAGCAUGCUGAGAAAAGGAGGUUAAAACAGCAGGAUGAGUCCUUUUUAUGCUUCAUUCCACAAGAGAAUGUCCUUCAAGCACAAUCCAGCUACUGUAAAAUAAUGGAACACCUGCAGAAAAGAACUUCAAAUGCCCAAACAGCCACUUCGCUUCUGAUUCCUUCAGUAUCCGCAGAACAAUAUCAGCUUUCAUCCUAUAACUUCUGCAAGCACUAGUUAGCCGAAGAUGGGAACGUCAAAGCAGAAGACAUAUUCAUAAAUAAGAUAAAAUUCUUGAUUUCUGUCAAGAUGAUAUUUUGAAUGGUGAUAAUCAUGUAGUUUCAUUAGCUGCUCGAAUUUGUGUUAAAUGAAUUUGAAGGGGCAUUUUAUAAUACCACUUAAACUAAAGCAUGUAGACAAAGUGCAUGAUGUAUCUGCAGCGUCCUCUGUUACUUUUCCCUCCUCUUGAGAUCAUUUAACAUGAUUUGUACUCUUGUUAACUUUUCCACCUAAUAGUACUUUCUUACAAAUGCUCUGUUUGCAAACAGUGUGUCCUCUUAUAAACAGAUGUGGCGAUUGUCCUUUAUAAUACAUUUCUCUCUGUGGUAUGGUGACAGUAAUCCUAUAAUAAAGGUAUAUUUUAUGGACAAGAAA